AUGAAGCUCACGUGCAGCGGGCCCAUGACGCAGCGCUUGACGCUCGCCGGCGUCUGCGCCUACAUGCUCGCGGCCACGACGGUCUUCUUCGUCCACCGAGCGUACUACACGCCGCCGCCAAGCGUGCACGUGGCGAGCCAUGUGCCCAAGCACGCCGAGUGCAGCUACCAGACGACCGCCUUUGCCACGCAGUACGAAGCUGUGUUUGCGCGCUCGACAUCGCCGCCGAUGUCGCUUCAAGCCCUGCAACGGCACUCGGACCCACGCGCAACGCGAUCCUGGGCCGACUGUCUGCCCAUGCGCACGGUCGUUUGUGGCGUGGCCGCCGGCGCGCAAGACUCGCUCUUCACGCAGUCGCCGCUGUGCCGGUCCGCCGCCGUGCACCAUCUCGUCGUGGCUGCAUCUGCCGCCAUCGAAGAGCGAGGUCAUAUCGCACUGCCGAUCGGCUCGGGUCUGCAGCAUAUGUGGGAGCACGGAGCGCUCGCGCCAGAAGCACCGUCGAUCGAUAUGCUCACAGACGCCUCGAUGGACCUCACAGCAUGGUUUUGGGCCCGAGGCUUUGCCCACUUUCAAGAUGUGACCGACGGGCGUGACGUCACGUGCAUGGCGCCUCACCACACGCUUGCCUCUCUGCUCUACGCCGACAAUGCUACCGACGCAACGCCGCCGCACCUGCGCUGGUCGAAAAUGCGCUCUGUCGACGACCAGCUGCACAUUGGAACACACAAUGAGCACGCGUAUCGGCUUGCACAGUUGACGCCGCCUUCGUGCUUGCCGCUGUACGACGCGUCCAUCAUGGCACCGGCGCACCCCGCGACCUUCUUCACAGCCGCACACGGCAUGCGAGACCACGACGAUCUCGAUGUUUGGUACCCGAACACCGACCUCGUCGAGGUGUCGACGUACGACCACGGCACGCCGUACCUGGACUUGUACUCGUGGAACAAGGAGGUCGGGCGCAAAAUCAAGGUCGAGACCGCCCAGGAGAAGCUCGAUGUGGCCUACAUGUUCCCGCUCACGUGCCACGAGACGAUCUUUGGCAACCACGUGCCAAGCAUACAGUUUCCGGAAGCCAUGUUCCGGUCCGAGUAUGGCAUCACGUACGCAUCGGACCCCGACUUGCAUUUGGCAUCGUGCGAGUCGUACUGCGACUACCAGUUGCUCGAUACAAACGAAUAG